UGAUAGAUAUUAUUAUUGGAUACAAGGUCAUAGUUAUUCUUUCUAGUCUACCUCCAUUUAUUACCUUUGUCUUUUGCAUCCAUUCCUUCUCCAUCCACUCAAUGCUGUUUGCCUUCCCCCCUCUACUAUCACCUUUUACCACUUAAUUAACAGCUUUUCAUCGUUCACUCUCUCUCUCUCUCUCUCUCUCUUUCUCUCUUUCUCUCUCACUAUAUCUGUUUGUCGUUCUCCCCUUGUUCCUCUUUUUAAUUAGGGUUUCCUCUUUAGGAGUGCUUCAUCCUUUAGCAAUUCUGAGGCUUAUACCUCUCCUUGGCUUAGGCUACUUUGUCUCGGGAGGAAAAAAGAGAACAGCUUCCGAAGGACCUCCAACAAGGGAAAAAAGGUACUUCCCUUUUAGUUCAUCUAUUACCAAAGAAACCUACAUCAAAAACAGUGCAGGCAAAUGGCAUCAUCCAGCUCCUACAAUUCUCCAUGUGCUGCCUGCAAAUUCUUGAGGAGGAAAUGCAUGCCAGGAUGCAUCUUUGCGCCUUACUUCCCACCCGAAGAGCCUCAGAAAUUCGCCAACGUCCACAAAAUUUUUGGUGCUAGCAAUGUGACGAAACUCCUGAACGAACUUCUCCCUCAGCAGAGGGAGGAUGCAGUGAACUCACUCGCAUAUGAAGCAGAGGCACGCGUGAGGGACCCAGUUUAUGGCUGCGUAGGAGCCAUCUCUUUCCUGCAGAGACAAGUUCAAAGGCUCCAAAAGGAGCUUGAUGCUGCAAACGCUGAUCUGCUACGCUACUCUUACACUGACAUCCCUCCAGCAUCUCUUUCUGUGCCACCAGGACUUGCUGCAUUUCAACAUGUGCCCCAAAGGCAGUUUACUGCAAGAUUUGGUAACGAAGGAACUGGGUUCUAUCGGCAAGCUACUGCUACUGCUUAUUCCUUUCCUUAUGCCCUUCCUUGGACUGAUACCUCUUCGGAGGACAUCAGUGAGGGAGGAGGUGGAGGAGGUAAUUUGUGAAUUAAGAUUGCAGUAUUAACCCUUCUAGGGUUUAUACUUUUUGAGGCGUGGCCUGCAAUAUUCUGAUGGCGUGGUGAUAUUAUAUGUGUCUAUUAUGGACUCUUGGCUAUGUAGCCUUAGUUGGACUCUUCUAGCUAGGUGACUCUGAACCUCUACCGUGUCUCUUAAUUUUAUUUGUUGCCUUUUCUUUCCUAGAUGAUGACCGUGUAUUGUUUUAAACUUAUAUCCAGAGACUUAGGUAGUCUUUUCUUUAGAGCCUAAAUAAGUUGGUAGAACAUGCAUACUAAUGUAUGUGCCUACUAGACCUCUUAUUGGGUAUUGAUGCAACUCUAGGCAUGUGCAAUGUGAAGCGGAAUUGACAUCUUUCUCGCUCAUUAUUUCUCAUUCACAAUAAGUAAGCAUUAACAUUAGUAGGUUAUAAAGCCUAAUAACUCUACAUUCC